UUAACUGCGUAACUUUAAUGUCAUGUGAUGCAAGGUGAAGGUCGUUAAGUGUACGAUGGGUUGUUGUUUCAGCGACAGCAGCGAUAAAGAUGGAGAUGAUUCAUAUUCGGGUGGACAAAGUGAAAGAGAUCGACUUCUUCCAGAGCCAAUCAGUGGUGGCCAAUCAGGACCAAGCUAUAAUACACCAUCUCAGAGAAAUGCCCAGAAAGUGGAUGAACCCUCAGCCUUAGAGAAAAUAUUACACAGAACAGUUAGGAAAAUAAUAGAUGUUUCUCCUGGUGAUACUGUGGAGCAGCAGGAAUACAAUGAUAGAGCAUUUCAGUACAGCAAUAGAGUAAACAUGGUUUUAGGCGGCUCCUCUAAAAUUAGAGCAAGUCGGCCUCCUUUACCUAACAGCAUGACGGCUCCACACAAUGUACUUAGUUCUGCACCGGUAUCAUUAGCUGAUAUUCAACUGAUAACACAGGCAGCAGAGAAAGCGUCCCAGGCCCUGGGUAAAGUGCGGGUACAUCACAAGGAAGACUUGGUUGUACCGUUUGGGGUCCCCUGAAGGUUUGAUGUCAGCUAAGUUUGUGUUAUAGAAUGUGUGGACAAAGAAUUAUGACUGCAGAGACUGAUUACGUCAGAGGUUAUUUCAUUCCAUCUUGUGUUACUACUAAGUCAGUGUUGUUCAGGGAGGACUGAAAUCACUCUAUUUCAGUCUUAUUUUAAUGAUUUUAUAUGUAGCAAUUUUUUUUUUCGUAUUACAUGAUAUUCCACUAUACCUUAAUUCAAACUGUAUAGAUUUAGAUAAUAUUGUAAAUGUACUUCUUUUUUAGUGCCCUAAGCAUUGCAUCAUGUCCAUAAAUUAAGUACAUGCGUAUUCAUGAUUUAAACCAUUACUAAUCAUCUAUAAGACUUUUGUGCAUUAAUUUAUAAUUUCAUUUAUCAUUUUAAGAGGAGGAUUGUGGUAAAUUUUGACUGCACUAAUUUAUGGACAUUUACAGUAAGAUUACCUGUAAUUUUGUGACAUUGAAUCAUAUUUUUGCUAAAUGAGCAAUUAAUUUCUUGCCUGUGGAUGAAGGGGAUUAUCUAGACAUAUACACAUUUAUUUUUUGUGCAAUGUACUUUUAUGUGUAAAAAUGAGCAGCGCUUUGAGAAUCAAUUGUGUGUGCAAUUUAUAUAAUAGAAUUGUGUAUAUUUUAAUCAUUUUAUCUGCUUUUGGGCUCAUCUUUUUACAUAGAAGCACAUUUUGUCCAUUCCCUUCUAAAAACAGGAAACAGUUUAACUGUUGAGAUUCUUUUUUGAUCAAACCAAUCUAAAUUAAACUGUCUUAUUUAUUACCGGUACAUGCAUGUACAAGUUUUAGCCGUACCCGUUAUGUUAUGUCUCCAUUAUUUCCAUUUGAGAUUUGUAUUUUGUGUAAGAGUAAAUUCAUGUAUUGAUGAGAGAUUGGAAGGAUAUCUGUAGAAUUGCAUUCAAAGCUGUGAUAAGUUGUGGUACAUAUAUUGUAAAUAAUCUAAUGGUACUGCUAUGGCAUGCUGUUGUGUUCAGUGAGGGAGCUCUGGUGUGUGAGAGAAUGCCACAGUUUGGAUUCACGAUGAUGUCACCCCAGCACAGCACGCUUUGUUUCCCUCUGGUCUUGUAUAUAAAUAAGAAUACAGUAUUUAUGGUGCAUUUAAAUUUGACUUGUGCUGUACACAAUUGUACAUUUCAUCUGGCAGAGAUAUACAUAUAUAAUUUGUAAUAUAUGAUGUAAGAAUAUUAUGGUUGGUAAAUAAAUGUAUACAUACACAUUA